AUGACAAUGGACACCGAUACACCAGCUACUCUCAUGUCGCAGAUGGAUCUGCAGAGACUAGUAUUGACCAUGCAACAGGACAUCUCUGCCCACAACAGUGCUUUGCAAGAGCUAAAUGCCUUGAAAACCACUAUUUUGAAUCUCCAAAAACAAAAUGAAUCCCUGACCCAAGAGAAUGAGCGUCUGCGUCAGCAACUCAACUCUCAACAAGGUUCCACAACCACUCAAGCGCAACCCAAAUCAGGUAUUCAACAGCAACCCAAACCCCAUUCUUCAGCUACACAGUCCACCCAACAAGCACCCAAUGCCACCAAAAAGACUCCCAACAACUCUUGGACCGAAGUAAUCAAACGUUCCAAAAAGGUUCGCAACCCUGCCGAUGUAACUGACAAACAUCGCCAAGCUAUUACUCGUGGUUUUAACUUGGCUCCUGAAGGGCCAAAAGGCUACACAACGGUGUACUUUAACCGCUCUCGCCGCUUCACUCGCACUGAAGUCCGCAACAACUUGCAUCUGAUCAAAGCUGAUGCUUCUCGUAUCAUUGAUGUAACGUUCCCUGCUAGAAACAUCAUUGGCGUCCUAGUCCAUUUGCAAUACAAGGACAACCUCGUCUCCAUUCUCACCAAGAACAACAUCAAUGUUGUGGAAGGCUUUGAUCCUACUGAUCCCAAACACCUCGCUGACCCCAAGUUUAAAGAGAUGUCCCUCUCUAAGCGUGAGGAUGCUGCCUUUGACCUGCAAAUCAAUCGUUGUGCCAAGUCUCUUGUCUACCUUGCCAAUCGUCGUUCUCGUCUUUUUGCUUCUGUUGCUAAUCACUUUUUGGAAAAUGGUUGGACCACCACUGAAUACAUUGAUUCUGUCGCCCCUGUCAAUAACAUCUUUGGCUCUUCUGGUUUCAAGAAAAGCUCUGGCUCAUCUGAUGUUGACAUUCAUUAUACAUCCUCCUCGCUCCCUGACCAUCCUCUCUCUGCUUCUAAUCCGUCCUCAUCAAUACCAACUAUACUCAAUAACACUAUACCUACUACUCCUCCUCCUCCUACAGCUUUGGCUCCAGUCAUUAAUAGCGCUUCUCAACUCACUCCACUCACCAUUGGCCUCUGGAACGCUCGCGGUCUCAGAGAUACCACCAUUGAUGAUGUUCUCCGUUAUUGCCUAUCCUUCUCUGUGCUGUUCAUUACCGAAACAUGGCUGAACCGCCAUCCCAUCCGACUACCCACCAAUUGGCAGCAAUUCCACUUACCUGGCGUCACUGUCGCAGGCGGUGGUCGUGGCUCUCGUGGCAUUACAUGCUUGAUCAACCCUUCCUGUCCCCUCACAGCAUUUCAGACGCCUUUGCCCUCUGCUCUUCAAGAGUUUGCUUUGGGUAUUCAACUUGGUCGUGAACUUCGGCUCAUUUGUCUGUAUAUACCACCUGAGCAAGCGGAUCUCUAUACUGAAAAUGUCUCUUCCAUCCUGAAUGCGAUCCCGUUGGAUCAUGACACAAUCAUCUGUGGCGAUCUGAAUGCCCGCAUGGGUAGCUUUGUUGGUGACUCCUCUACAAAUAACCGUGGUCGUCUACUUCAAGAGUACUGUGCCGAUAAUCAAUUAAACGUUUUGAACUGUCAAUUAGCCCACUCUACACCUACCUUUGAGGACCGUCGUAGUGGGCGGAAUGUAAGUAGCAUUGUCGAUUACUACAUCUCAAAUGUAGAAUCACUUUCCUUUGCCUCUCUGGAUACCUCAUCUCCACCUUCUUCCUCCUCAAUUAGUAUUUACUCUGACUUGUCUUUGGGAUCUGAUCAUAAACUGAUGUCUCUGACGUUUGAUUACCACUCAAACGAACCUGCUCUUGCUAUGCCUGCUACGCCAUCACCAUCACCUCGUCUCCUAUGGAAGCUCUCACGUCUACAAGAAACGGAUGUACGCAAUUUGUAUGCACAACGCUUUACAGCCCUCUCUCAACCGUUGCUACAACAGCUGAUCUCGCUUGUGCGCUCACCACCUGAUACACAACCUCCAAUCGAUACCCUCAACAGUGAUCUCACCAAUUGUAUAUAUCAGGCACUGGAUGAAUCCGUUACUCGGCAAUCCCAGCGACCCAACUUUUGGAAGAAAUUCUGGACCCUCGAUCUUCAACGGCUCUGUGAUCAUCGUGAAGCUCUCUAUCGUAAAUAUCGUCGUUGUCCCGCUUCAUUGGACAAGGCAUAUUGGUGGAAUCAACAUGUGGAAGCACAUCAAAAGUUUAAACAAGCCCUUCGUAGAGCUAAACAGGUUUCGUGGCACGCAUUCUGUGAAUCUUUAUUCAAGCAAGACUUUUCAAAGGCUAUGUCAAAAAUCAAGUUGAUCAAAUCCAGGCGACAAAGACAAUCAGGGUAUCUACAUGUGGACGGUGCUCAAGCUGGUGCUAAUGCUAUGCGUGAUCACCUUGCUACCAUUUAUGCUGGAUCCAAUCUCCCAACAAAUCGACCUCCAUGCCCUUUUGCUACACAUGGUAGACAUCUGCCAUAUGGUGUUCCUCCUCCUCAGUCAGCCUCCCAUCUUGGUGGUACUCGUCUGGCAAAUGGUGACAUCAGUACAUUGAAUCCGCAUGCUUCUCCUUUCAUCCCAUCAUACCUCUCACAUAGAACUCUACCACAUGAUGACUCUGACCCAACAGGUCGUGUUGUCUCAGCAUCGGUCCACAACGAAGCUUUUGACGAGAUUAUUAGUAUUGACCAUAUCAUUCAGCAGAUCAAGUCGUUGCCAUACCGUAAAGCACCUGGCCGUGAUUCAAUUCGUGGUGAAAUGCUGAAACCCAUUCAGAAACCACUUGCCACUGUUCUGUCAUACCUCUUUGCUCUGACCUAUCAAUGGUCUUACACACCAGCGGAUUGGCGUCAUGGUAAUGUUUGUAGCAUCUACAAGAAGGGACCUGUCACGGAGGCAUCAAGCUUUCGGCCCAUCUCAUUGACUAGUACACUGAGAAAACUCUUUGAAAUGUGCCUUGCUCCCCUUGUCCUCACCAUUUCACCACCAUUAGAUGUAGCCCAGAAUGGUUUCCGAUCCGCAAGAAGUGCACUUGAUGGUGCUCUUAGUCUCCAAGACUUAAUGAAAGACUACCAGAACCAACACUACCACUGGCCAACUGUGUGCUUCCUUGAUAUCAAGAGUGCCUAUGAUGUUGUUGAUCGCCGUGUGAUCUGGAAUUCGCUGCUCUCUGCCAAUGCUCCAAUGCCACUUGUCUCAUUGCUCUCCAAUUUGUUUGACGAUGUUUCUAUUUCAGUGCUGAAUCAGCAAUGCGUGUCCCAAGAACUCUCACUGCAUACUGGAUUGCUUCAAGGCUCCACCCUUAGUCCCCACUUAUUCAGUAUCUUUAUCAACUCACUGCCAGCUUUGUUGCGUCAAGCUGCAUCGUCCUCCACCACUCGUGUCAUGUCAACAUCACCAUCAUGUGCUCCCUCUCCUCUUUGGUCCGUCAUAACACCCACUCAUGCUACUAAUAUUCACUACGGCCCAACUGAUGUUCUCACAGAAUAUCGAUGCGCUCUUUUGGGAACAUUGAUGUUCUCGUGA